AUGACUGAGUUACCUACACCCGAAAUCGACUGCAAGCAGGUCGCCCAUUAUAUUCUGCAUCAUAGGAUUUGGCAAGCCAGCGAUCACGGCCCGACGUUGAGAGUGGUUUUCGAUGCUUCCCGACCGACAUCAACAGGUGUCAGUCUUAACGACGUGAUGUUCCGGGGUCCCAAGCUUCAGCGAGAAAUCUGGCUGGUGCUCCUUCGCUGGCGUCAACAUCGAGUCGCCUUUUGCAUGGACGUGCAGAUGAUGUACCGGCAGAUCAUGAUCGACGACCGCGAUGUCGACUGGCAACGCACACUUUGGAGCCCAAGUGCAUCAGAACCAGCGCGACAUUAUCGCCUGAAAACGGUAACCUAUGGCACCACGUGUGCGCCCUACCUGGCUCUACGCACCAUGCAACAACUGUACACUGAUGAUGGCGCUCAAUUGCCUGCCGCGAGACACGCUCUUCUGCACGAUCGGUACGUGGACUACAUAUUGUCCGGCAGUGCGGAUCUGUCCACUGCGAAGGACCUGUGCGAUGAAUUGAUCCGACUCAUGAAGGCAGGCGGGUUCACCUUGUGCAAGUGGGUCACCAACGAUCCACGCCUACUCGAAGAGCUCGACACUGACACUUGUCUACGACCCGAUUGGGUAAUGUUCACUGAUGAAGACCCGGUCAAGGAGCUCGGGGUCGCGUGGAACCUGAAGCGCGACUCUCUCUGUCUCCGUUACUCCAACUCCGAGAGGGAGCCGCGAAGUCCUCGCUGCGCUCGCUCGCAUCUACGACCCUUGUGGUUGGUGGCUCCCGCUACGCUUCUCGACAAAAUGCUGGUACAGGACCUCUGGAGGGUUCGCCUGGACUGGGACGACGAGCUCCAUGAGAACGCGAUCCGCGAGUGGAAAACCAUUCGCGAAGGCCUCGAUCGACUUACGGAAGUGAGCAUACCGCGCUGGACUCAGUCAACGCCCACUUCCAUUGACGCACAGAUUCACGUUUUUGCUGACGUUUUCGCGUCGAGCGAUGGCCGCUGUUGCUUACUUACGUCGCCAACAAGAAGACCGCGCUCAUCUGCAUCUGCUCGUCGCUAG